CGAACUAUACCCGCGUCGGCAAAGUACAUAGCAACAAGAUAUGUGGAUCGUAUAAUGCGAAACAUGUGGAAGGAAAAUGGCAACUGCAGACGCUAAAAGUCGUGUUUACCAUUUCCGUCUACAAAUUCUUAUCAUAGAUGGAGGACUUCUAGUGUUACGAAACAUACUAGAUCAGAAGCUCAACGUUCAGAACAUCUCUCUGAGCAUAUGCCUGAGUCAGGAAAGACCGACAAUUACACGUCUGAAAGCACAGGAAAUAAUAACUCAAUUCCAAUAUGAUCUUCUGUAUCCACCAGGUGGACGACUUCCAUCGGCUGCGGACUUUGACUUUACGCUGAUAAUAUGUCUUCUUACAAAUCUGAAAUGUUUUGGUUUCAAUCGAAACUUUAGCUGGACUGUUAUUCCGAAUACAUCAGACGUAUCAUUGGAAGCUGACAUCUGCAGGCUUAGAUUGUACAGGAGAGAGGUCACUCAUAUAUUGACAACAACAGGAAUCGGGUUGAAAGAUUUUAUCUUUAAGUGGACUGAAAUAGAAAAGAUUCUUUUGAGGCUAAACACGACGGUGAUAAAUCCGGUUCCAAACUUACAGCAGACAAUUGAUGAUAUUAAACGAUGUCCACUAGAUCCAGAAGCAGAGGAAAGGAUACAGAAGUUAACGGGAAAAGUGAAAGGAAUAUACGACAGCACGUCAGGACAGCAAUCAGCAGCAGCAAGUAAGUAUUUAGUACUUCAGUGUCGUUUUAUGAAUUGUAAUCUUUGCUGACGUGUCAUGCCUACUAAGAUUAUUACUGUAGCUAUAAUAUACUGAGGUCAUUUAGAAACAGUACACCUGUAUCAGUUAUUUGUCCGCCAUUAAAUACGCAUUUGUACAGUUAAUACUUAACAACGUCAACAGAUACUCUAUAAGUUUUUCUUGUCUCAGCAAUAACAGUGAAAAUAAAACAACAGAGAAAACCACUGCUGGGCAUGUAUCUUCUAAAAUUUUAAUUUGUAAUUAAUGGCUUACCUAG